CGUACACGUGGAUCUUAAUUAGGACGACACUCUAUUCUGCAUCUGUUUUAUGAUUUCACUGAAUCUAAAUAAAAAGCACCUCUUUUAAUUUUUAUUCGAUUUUGCUUCCCGUCGACGUAGCCAGAGAUGAAGAGACGCAACCCUCUUCCUCCCUUGGUUUGUGUCCAUCAAUGGUUGAUGUCAUUGAUCAAUGUUGCACAUGCCUAGUGUACUUAAGCAAGUGCCCUUUUUCUAAGUCAAAUUGUUUCACGUUCAUCAUGUGGGGUUUUGCUUCAAAAGCCAUCAGUGGAUCCGUCAGAUUGAAGAAUGAACUUUCAAAGAGGAGUCAAGCUCAUUCAGAAUGCUCAGAUGAUGAACCAUCCUUAAACAAUAGCAGAGAAGAGGGACUGGAAUGCCCUAUAUGCUGGGAAUCUUUCAACAUUGUUGAAAAUGUGCCCUAUGUUUUGUGGUGUGGCCACACCCUGUGUAAGAAUUGUGUGCUAGGGCUGCAAAGGGCUAUGGUGAAACUUCCUACCCUCCCAAUCCAGCUUCCAUUUUUCAUUUCUUGUCCCUGGUGUAAUCUAUUAUCUUUCAGAUUGGUCUACAAGGGACACCUUAGGUUUCCUCGGAAGAACUACUUCCUACUCUGGAUGGUUGAGAGCAUGAAUGGUGAUAGGUCAAAGUCAUAUUUCUCGUUUCGUGGGGAGCAUCAGCCUGUUGGUUCUUCAAACAGAAACCAAGCUAUGGGAAAUCAAGUUACUCAUGUGAGCAACAGGCGAGCCCCAUACUCUCGUCCUCCAGAACAAGCAGCAUCUAACCAUGACGAAGAUCGUCUUAGCAUUAGAUACUUCAAUGCUGAGAGACUUCAGUUAUCACUUCGUAAGUCAUUGGUUUUCUUUGUUCACUUGACAGCAAAGUUUCCAUUGAUUGUCAUAUUUCUCCUGAUUGUUUUGUAUGCAAUACCGGCUAGUGCAGCCAUCUUGUCACUCUACAUCCUUAUCACCCUUGUAUUUGCUCUCCCUUCUUUUCUUAUCUUGUACUUUGCCUUACCCAGUCUGGAUUGGUUGGUUAGAGAAAUAAUCAAUUGAGUUACCACUCUCCUACAUGCCAGAUGUCAGAAAUUUGUGGCAUUUCUCUUAUUGUCAGUCCAGUUACAUGGUGCAAUUUGACGACUUUCCCUCUAUUAGAUGCUGACCAGCUUAUGGUUUUGGAAACCAUGGAGCUCAACCCGAAGUUCUUCAAUCAAAUCACCUUUUUCUUCAAACAAAUUUUAGCAUGUGGCAAAUGAGUUGAUUGCAGAUGUUAGAUUGAUUGAGAACACUGUUGUUCUGUAAUUUCCAAAUUUUGGUGAGCAAUCAAUGAUCUCUAGUAGAAAUAUGAUGAGGAUGUAUGGGUAUUAUUCUUCUGCAGUGUAGAUACAUGCGCCUUGAGGCUCUUGCAAGAAGACUUGGUGUUUAUAGGAUUGUCCUUGUUUUGUAUGUGGAGAGUAAUGAUUUUCAGUACUUUGCUAUAUUUUGGAACUUUGAUGAACCAUAUAUAGAAUACUCCGAUUUGGUCUUUGUAGUUCUGGUAUGGAAUUCCUUUCCCAUAUAUGUCCUUAAAGUACUCUAGGGAGAUUGUAUGUGCUCAUUUCAUGAAGCAUCAGUAUAAAACAUGUGUAUGUUUGUUUA